GACACCUCUCUUACGCAGACGAUCUUUGUGCUAUGUAGUGUAUAGUGGUUUACAGUUUGAGUUUUGCUAGGAUGUUUGGAGCAACAAUGAUUAAACCUUGUGUUUUGGGGCUGAGAAAUGUCUUCGGACGAGGACAGGUGCUGUGUGCGGCCGCCGCAAGACUACAGCACAGUCAGUCCCAGCAGCUUGGGCAUUUUGUCCCCUCAGCCCGUCCAGAGACCUCCAGCGCCAAGACCCUAAUGGACAUAGGGACCCGCCGGAUCUUCAACGAGGACCAUGAUCUCUUCAGACAAAACGUCCGGCGCUUCUUUCAAGAGGAAGUGGUUCCACACCACAAGGAGUGGGAGAAGGCAGGCCAGGUAAGCAGGGAGUUGUGGGAAAAAGCUGGUGAGCAAGGCCUGCUGGGAGUAAUGAUACCAGAUGAGCAUGGAGGCAUCGGAGGAGAUCUGUUUUCUGCUGUCGUCACGUGGGAGGAACAAAUGUACUCCAACUGUACAGGCCCGGGUUUCGCCUUGCACUCUGACAUUGUCAUGCCCUACAUCGUCAACUAUGGUAGCAAGGAGCAGAUUGAGCGCUUCAUCCCCAAGAUGACUGCUGGGAAAUGUAUUGGUGCUAUCGCUAUGACAGAGCCAGGAGCAGGCAGUGAUCUUCAAGGAGUGAGGACGUACGCCAAGAGGGACGGGAGCGACUGGAUCCUCAACGGAAACAAGGUGUUUAUCACGAACGGUUGGAUGGCCGACCUGGUGUUGGUGGUGACCGUGACCAACCGUGAUGUGAAGACAGCAGCACAUGGCAUCAGUCUGUUCAUGGUGGAGGAUGGCAUGAAGGGAUUCCACAAAGGACGCAAGUUGGAGAAGAUUGGUCUGAAAGCGCAGGACACAGCUGAGCUGUUUUUUGAGGAUGUGCGGCUCCCAGCUGACGCCCUCUUGGGUGAAGUCAACAAGGGUUUCUACUACCUGAUGAAUGAACUGCCUCAGGAGCGCCUGCUGAUCGCUGACAUGGCCAUAGCAAGCUGUGAGUUCAUGUUUGAAGAAACCAGGAACUAUGUGUUGCAGAGGAAGGCUUUUGGCAAGACAGUCGCUCACCUGCAGACUGUGCAGCACAAGCUGGCAGAGCUGAAAACUGAGAUCUGUGUGGGCAGAGCCUUUGUUGAUAACUGUCUUCAGCUCCACGCUGAGAAACGCCUGGAUCCCCCUACAGCUUCCAUGGCCAAGUUUUGGGCGUCUGACCUCCAGAACAAAGUGGCCACUCAGUGCCUGCAGCUCCAUGGAGGCUGGGGCUACAUGUGGGAAUACCCCAUUGCCAAAGCGUUUGUGGACUCCCGUAUUCAGCCCAUCUAUGGAGGCACCAAUGAGAUCAUGAAAGAGCUCAUCGCCCGCAGCAUUGUCAGCCAGAAGUGAGAAAUGUGAAGGUUUUUUAAUGGUGGAGGAGCACUGGGGAAAGUGGGGUGGUUUGCACAGAUGUUUUUUCUCAGAUAACACAUCAGUAAAGGUUUAAAAUAAUAUAUUAACAGCCAUGAGUCAGGGAAGAUAUUACAGAAUGCACUGUAGUUAAAUCAUGCUUGAAAUCUUUUCACAUUACCAUUUGAUUUGUUUUUAUAAUAAAAAAUAUCAGUUGAAAGUUUGAAAAAGUUGGAAAAUGAAAUAAUUUUUGCUGUUAGUUGCAGUUGUGUGUACAGUAGAAGAGAUUAUUGGUUUAUUUAUCAGACCAUCUUGCCUUUUUGUCAUCGCUGAAAGCGUCUUCACACUGUCUCACUGUGACUGUUCAUUUAGUUUAAUAAACAUACGAUAUAUUUUA